CGCCUCGAUGUCUUUCGAAUGCACUGGAGAAUUGGUCGACAACAAUUCAAAGUUAUCGAAAAUAAACAGGCGAAAGGAAAAGCUACAGGAAUAGGCCAAGAAGGUGCUUGGAGCAAACGUCGUCAACUUCACGCCUAUGCUUUAAUUGGUACAAACAAGGCAGAAUUUAUUGUCUUACGGCAAAUGAAGAAGAUUUAUUGGGACAAAAUUGAACUCCAUUUUAUUUUUGAACUCAAAAAAUUAAAUCAUGAUAAUUUAACAACAUUUAUGGGUAUAUGUUACAAUGAUGGGGACAAAUUUUAUGUGUGCCAUUCACUUGUGGAAAGGGGAACUCUCGAAGAUUAUAUACACGAUCUCGAUUUUCAAUUAGACAACACUUUUCGUUCUGCCUUCCUUCGAGAUAUACUCAAAGGUGUCAAAUAUUUACACAAGUCGUCUAUUGGAUACCAUGGAAUGUUGAAUUUACAAAAUGUUUUGAUCGAUUCCAAUUGGGUGUUGAAAUUGACCAAUUUUGGAAUUGGAAAUUUAUUAAAUAGGGCUAUUAGGAGGGAACAAUUACAAUUAAUUGAGCUGAUUCCGUUAAAUACCUAUUUAACGGUUGCACCAGAGAAUUUAAUAGAUAUAUCCUAUGGAAGAGAAUACCCAAACGGAACAACAAUAGGCGAUAUUUACAGUAUGGGGAUGGUUAUGUACCACAUUUUGUUUCGACUUGCCCCCUACGAAAGAACAACCCUAAGCCCAAAAGAAGUUAUUGACCAAGUCAGACAACACAAUUUAAAGCCUAUUCUCGAAAAUACUUUGCCUGAGGAAAAGCCUUUGGUGGAUGCAAUGGAACAAUGCUGGCAGAAAAAUUUGGAUUUGCGCCCGAGAUUGAGACAGCUAGCUCAAGUUGUUUCUACAGUGUUUCAGGCGUCGCAAGGCAACUUAAUCGACCAAAUGCGAAGAAUGAACGAAAAACACGCCUUAAAUCUCGAAAAAUUGGUAACCCAACGAAACGCCGAAUUGGCACAAGCUCGAGAACAAACAGAACGUUUACUAAACGAAAUGUUGCCCCCAAGUAUUGCUGCACAAUUAAAAGAACAUAAAUCGGUUGAACCUCGCUCUUAUGAUUCUGCUACAGUUUUGUUCUGUCAAUUGGUUGAUUUUUCUACUGUUUUGAGUAAAUUCCCGCCGGAUCAAGUUAUUGACUUUCUCAAUCAAGUUUUCUCUACUUUUGAUACAAUUAUACGAAAUCAUGAUGCUUAUAAGGUUGAGACUACUGGGGAGACAUAUAUGGUGGCGUCUGGAGUCCCUAACGAGAAUGAAAAUAGACAUGUUUUUGAAAUAUCAGAAGUUUCCUACACUUAUAAAUCAAUAAAUUUCCCUGAUUGGAAAUUACAAUUAAGAAUUGGCUAUCAUUGUGGGCCUAUUGCUGCUGGGGUUAUUGGAAUUAAAGCACCUCGAUAUUGCCUUUUUGGAGAUACUGUCAACUUUGCUUCUCGAAUGCAGAGCAAUGCGGCACCCAACCAAAUCCAAAUGAGCGAAUCUACUGCGCUUUUGUUAAUGGGAGUGUCAAAGUAUAAGUUGACGAAACGAGGCAUUGUCAAAGUGAAGGGGAAAGGAGAGGUCAAUACUUAUUGGCUUAAUGAAUGGCGGUCAAAUGAAGCACAAAACCCUGUGGAUGGAAGUGGAGGAGGCCGAUUACUCCAAGAACCUUUAAUCCCCCGAGAACAAGUCAAUUACGCAGUCCAAUCCCGACCAGAGAAAGUAGUGCAAUGCUUGGAUUGGAACUAUUAAAUGAUGCUGUAAUUACACCAACAACACAGGCAGAGCAACGGCCUAAGGAACAGACAAGCAUCGAUGAGUAGUAGCAAAAAUAGAGGGGGAGUUGAUGAAAACGAUGAAAAAUUGUAAAUAUUAAAUUGGAGAGGUAACGGUUAUUUUUUGAUACGAAAAAAUUUUUUAGUUGACAUUU